UGACUCCAGCUUUUUCCCCCUCCCUUAAUCUUUAAGGAACUAAGUGCAGUUUAGUCGUUGUCAACAGGGUGAGGGAGAAGCCGUGCGGGUUGAAAUAAGUUGGUACGUGGAGCUGAGAGCACAGAGGUUACUGUACGGGAAUCUUUGGAGCUCGUCUGGAAGUUUUGAUCUUGUUCGUGUUUAUCCAGGCAGACGUGAAGGCGCCUACAGACGAAGCCCCAUGAGCACCCCUGACAUGUGAUACUUGACUCUGCUGUAUGCAAGUCCCAGGCUGGAUUGAAUGGCACUGAGGGUACAAGCGGGAGUAUUGAGAUGACCAGCCGGCAUCCCAGCCAUGCAGAGAGCACUCACUCCACAGAUAAGCAGCCACCUGCCAGCGCCCCCAGGCUCCAUGUCCAGCAGUCGCUGUCAAAGGAGAAUAUUACCAUCCACUUCUCGGCUCUUGGGAAGGAGGAAGAGGAGGAGGAAGAAGAGCUAUACUGUACAACUGUCUCCACUCCUUCAGCGGCCAUGUACGACUCAGAUGUUGUGACAGCCUUAGAAGCAAGCGAGGAGAUGUUUGAAGCAGUGCCAUCGGCCUCUGCGGCCAUUCCUGAGACACCCAGACUUUCUGCCCCUUCAAGAUAUCACACUAUGAAUUCUCUCACUCAAACUCUGUCUUCAGCUUCAACUUCAAACUCCUCUCCUACAAAAUCUUUGAGCUUUCCCUCCAGUGACAAACCUUUUCUAAGCCUAAUGAAGUCUGCGUCCUCUGAAGCUGAGUCACGUGAUGGGGCGUCCUCUGUUCCCGUAUCAUCAGUAAGGCACAGGCAUCUCAUGAAGACUCUUGUUAAAUCUUUAUCUUCGGACACAUCCCAGGAUUCAUCCUCUUCCUCCACAUCCUACCGUCUUCCAGAAUCCCGUCUUAACCUGCAACUCUUUAAGCAGUUUGCUCAGUCCCGGAUAUCGUCUGCUGCCGUGUCAUCAGCUAUUGAUUCUAAAACUGCCCCCUCCUCACCGUUAACCUCGCCAGAUAACCGCAGCUUCUUCAAAGUCUCAGAAGUGGAGGCACGAAUUGAAGACACCAAGCGUCGUCUAUCGGAAGCGAUUUCUGAACCGCUUCAGCUACUGAGUAAGAUCAUGGAUGAAAAGAGUGGCAACUUAGUUGGCAGCAGUAUUUACCGGCCCAAGGUGCUCUCUGCCAGCGCCACAGAACUCUCGAGCCUCGGUUCCAUCAAUGGUCAAAUGGAGACCAACAAUAAUUACUGCAUCAAGGAGGAAGAAGGAGCCGACUGUGAGGCUGAAAGUCCCAGCAGACAGACCCCUGCUUCAACUGAAUCACCUGUCAGCACUGCCUUUGACACUAAGAGCCCCAUCAAAUCAUCUUUGCUUUCGAUGUCUGCUCUAGCAAAGCAGGAGGAUGAGGACUAUUGCAUCCUGUACAACGAGGACUUUGACACUUGUACCGACACAGAAGGUGAUGGUGUUGAUAGAACUGAUAAUACUGGAACCGGUAGUCCGACUAAAGUGCCACUGAGUGGUAGUACUGAACUGUGCAGUGAGGAUGAAUCUGAAAGUACUGAGCCUGUACCCAGUGUUCCACACUAUACUCUCAUCAUCCUUACUGUCCUGGUCUAUGGGUGUUUCCUCUUACCUCUGCCUAGUUCUAUUGGAGGAAUGCUGCUUGGUAUUGAGCUGGGAUUCCUUUUAGCUAUUGGUUUUCUGUGGCUGGCGGGACCAAAACCUUCUGGAGGGAGCAGCGUGAGACGUAGACAUAAUAGAAAGCUGUUCAAUGUGACCAAGUUAGACAUUAAGGAACCUGAUAUCUAUAAGGGUUGGAUGAAUGAGAUACAGAACUAUGACCCGGAGACAUAUCAUGCCACGCUGACGCACUCCGUGUAUGUGCGUUUAGAGGGCUCCACCAUUCGACUGUCUAAACCCAACCACAACAUCGCCCGGCGUGUCUCACACAAUGAACCAAAACCCGACGUUAACUAUGUCAGUCAGAAGAUCUAUGACCUUACUAACAGCAAAGUGUAUCUUGUGCCUCCGAACCUCGCCAGGAAGCGAAUCUGGAACAAAAAGUACCCCAUCUGCAUUGAACUUGGCAGGCAGGAUGACUUCAUGUCAAAGGCAGAAGGUGAAAGAAUGGAUGCCAGUGAGGGCAUGAGCACAAGGGAGAAAGGAGAGGGGAUGGGAGCAGCCCAAGAGCGAGGAUCAUCAUCAUCCUCUUCCAGUAGAGACCUGACUCUCUUCCUGUUCGGAAGGACCGGUAGGGAAAAGGAGGAGUGGUUCCAGCGGUUUCUGUCAGCCUCUAAGCUCAAGGUGGGCUUGAAGAAAAGCUCCAGUGUUGUAGGGAUUAAGAAGGCUUUGAGCUCUCACAGUCGCAACAGCAGCCGCAGCAGUCUGGAUGAAGCACUGACCUCUCAGACGAAGUCAAAGGACUCAUCAGUCUCCUCCACAACAACUGGCAGUCCCAAAACCAGGCCUCUGCUGGACUACAGUGGCUACAUGGGUUCCUUAAUGCCUAAAGACUCUGCGGUCAGCCCCACAGCUGCCAGCCCUGUUCUUCAGAGCCCACAGAGCAGCCCUGGAGCUGAUAAGAAGCUUCAGAGCACCACUUCAGCUCAGGUGCAGCCCGGUGGAGGAGAGGACGAGGUGGAGGAGGAGGAGGAGGAUUCUGUUGCCUGGGUGAAUGCCGCUGUAGGCCGGCUCUUCUGGGACUUCCUGACUGAGCCCUAUUGGAUUGAACAGGUCUCCAAGAAGAUUCAGAUGAAGCUCAGCAAGAUACGGUUGCCUUACUUCAUGAAUGAGCUAACCCUGACAGAACUGGACAUGGGCUCGACCACUCCCAGAAUCCUCAGGGCAUCUAAACCCUGCAUUAACUAUCGAGGCCUGUGGUUUGACCUGGAGAUGUCCUACAGUGGCUCCUUCCUGAUGACCCUGGAAACCAAAAUGAACCUCAUUCGCCUGGGCAAGGAAGGAGAAAGCCUCCGGCCAGGCGAAUUUGGCAAAGAUGGAUACAGGCCACGAACUUACUGCCUGGCUGACAGUGAUGAAGAGUCAUCCAGCGCAGGGUCGUCAGAUGAGGAAGACUCCUCAGACGUUUCAAAUGAUUCCACUGCAGCAGAGGGCUUUGUUGGAGGACAUAAACCGAGCAAGAUCAUGCGCUUUGUGGACAAGAUUACCAAGUCCAAAUACUUCCAGAAGGCCACGGAGACGGAGUUCAUCAAAAAGAAGAUGGAGGAAGUGUCCAACACGCCACUGCUGCUCACAGUGGAGGUGCAGGAGCUCCGAGGAACACUGGCAGUCAACAUUCCUCCUCCUCCCACUGACAGGUUAUGGUACGGCUUCAGGACACCACCUCACCUGGAACUGAAGGCACGACCUAAACUGGGAGAAAGAGAAGUCACUCUGGCUCAUGUUACAGACUGGAUAGAGAAAAAACUUGAGCAGGAAUUUCAGAAAAUCCUCGUAAUGCCAAACAUGGAUGACGUGUGGCUGACGAUCAUGCACUCUGCCAUGGACCCGCGCACAGCUGGUGGGCCUUUAGUUGGUCCCUCAGUGGAGCCAGAGCCCUCCCAGCCAGAGAGGGAGAGCACCAGCCAGCCAUGAUUGUUUACAGUAUUUCCAAACUCUCACAGGGUCUUAGAAUGGGAACCGGAGCCAAAGCCGAUGGGUCUGACUCUACUGUAACGCAAACACAUUCCCACAGAUGUAUGAAUUUUACAGGAUCAAGGUAGAGUCGACCAAAUAAACACUAAUGACAAACAAACUGUUGCUUGCUGCUCUCUUAAGAAGUAUUUAUCACCAGAGGAUAGAUUGAUUUGUCUUUUAGGGUUUAUAGAAGUGAGCAGGGACUGACAUAUGAAGGGAGUCACAUUUGGCUCAUAACGUAAGGGUUAAUAAGAGGGGAAUAUAUAUCAGUAUGUUAUAUGCUAUGAACAUGUCAAUGUGAAAGCGUUCACCAGAUACCUUACUGCCUGCACAUGAAGAAACAGAAACACGCAGUGUGGUAGGCCUUUUUAGUUUAGAGACUCGCCAAGUCACAGCGUGACGUUUGUAGGUUUUUAUAGAGAAACCGGUGAGAGCACAUUGGAAAAAGCUCAGAUACUUGAUGUUUAUUUACCAUAAAACAUUAAACCUUUAAGUGGCUUUGACUUUUGAUCAGGUGUUAACUUGCAGUAUUGAUUUGUGCUGUGACCAGAUCUCGAACACCCCGCUCACUUGCCAACCCCCCCUUUGUUUUUUUUGGUUUAAUGCCACUGAUGCCGUUAUCCGUGUUUAUAUGGAAGUAAUGCUCAAGAUGCAUCAUGUAGGAACUGUGUCACUGAGUGUAAAUUUAAGACUAAUGACAUGUACACCAACAAUAAGUGCAAUGUUAGAAAUGCUACAGUGGAAUUAAAAUGAUAGACUCUAAGUGUAAGUCUGUAAGAUGCCUGUUGAAUGUAUGUUUGGGUGUUUUUGGCUCCAGUUGUUGUGUGAAAACAGUUUUUUCUCCCAGCAGCACUUUGACCAAGAUAUGCAAAUUAUUGCACAGAUGCUAAUGAAGGUUGAUAAACACUAUCUCACCUUGCAUAUCAUUUUUAGAGAAUUCCUGUUCAGUCAUUAGGCUCACGGAGAGCCGCGCGGUUUAUCGAUACAUCGCUCACACUUAAUGCUGUUAAUGAAGACGUGCUUUAAAAAGACUUUAACCUCCACACUGAAUGUAGAAGGACACCUCAGUGUAGUUAACACUUCUGUGAAGCGAAGGUACAGACUGGCUCCUAAACCUUCUGAAAGAAACUUUUUUUUUUUUUUUUUAAACAUAUUUCUAAUCAUAACCAAAGUCCUUUAAUUGGGCCUGAAGUGUUGGACUUUCUGCUCGCAGGUACACAUCGUGUGUUGUGAAGUGACUUUUAAAGAUGCGCUACAAUACGUGCGUUACUGUUGUUUACAGGAGUGCUCUCGCUUUGUUUCCUGCUCUCUUAGGACGCUAAAGCACUGUAACUGUUUUUGUUCUGCCUUUUUCCCGAUGCCUCGGUUCCUUUUUGUUGUUUUUUUGGGUUUCUGUGUUUUGUCUAUUUUUGUCUAAGUGGGUUAUGGGUUCAGUUUUGUGUUGACUUCUUUGGUAUGAACAGAAUGAAAAGAGAAUUUUUGAUAUAUAUAAAGCUCAUAAAAUUAUUUGUAUCUGUGAAUUAAUGAUUCACAUUUUAAUUUUAAAGCCAAAUCCAGUGAUUAUGUGUAUCUGCCUUAUUUAUAGAGCAAAAUAAAUCUGUCAAAGCUU